GCACCCAAAAGGAUCAAUAAAGCGAGGUUUGUAGUGAGGUGGCAGUUGUACUCUUAAACCCUAUUGCUCUCACAAUCCAAACUUUCUGCUCCGAAAAACCCUAGUCUCUUCAAUCAGCGGCGCACCCGAGAAUGACAGGAGAGGCUGUGAACCCGAAAGCUUACCCUUUGGCCGAUGCACAACUCACAAUAACGAUAUUGGAUCUUGUUCAACAAGCUUCCAACUACAAGCAGCUCAAAAAGGGUGCCAAUGAAGCCACCAAGACUCUUAACAGAGGCAUUUCUGAGUUCAUUGUUAUGGCAGCAGACACCGAGCCUCUCGAGAUUCUGCUACAUCUUCCUCUGCUUGCUGAAGAUAAGAAUGUUCCCUAUGUUUUCGUCCCAUCAAAACAAGCACUUGGGCGAGCAUGUGGUGUCACCCGGCCAGUGAUUGCAUGUUCAGUGACAACUAAUGAAGGAAGUCAACUGAAAUCACAAAUACAGCAACUAAAGGAUGCUAUUGAGAAACUGUUAAUCUGAAAAGUUGAUAUUCGGUAUGAUGGGCUUCUUGAGUUGUGCUGAAUGCUCCUUUAGAGGCUUUGACUGGACGAGGAGUUGUUUUAAAAACAGGCCGAGGUGGUGCUUUAUAUGUAAAGCUGCAAACGAUUGUUUUGAAGUCAUAUUUUCAAGUUAGUCCGAGUGAUGUCUUACACUGCUAUUAUAUACUGUUCAACGCAUUUAGUGUGGGGAUGUUGUUAGAAAAUUUAAACUUCCUGAUUACCUUUCUCUGUAGCGCCAUUGUUCAGUCUUUUUCAUGAGAAACUUUUAUUUUGAAAAAUCAAUUUUAAAAGUUUUUAAUGU